UUCGCGUGUUUCUCAGGGGUAGCUAUUACAGAUCCCGAGAUCCGGAUAAGUUUGUGGACGAGGGGGUCACGAAGUCAGGUAGUUGCAAUGGCAGAAGUUGGUUGGCGUUGGUGAAGUGGUUGUGGUGCUUCCCAUUCCGACACCCUCACAAAGCUGCGUCUUCCUUUUGGGUCUGCGAGAACCAAUCUCUUGCUCUUCUUUACGACUUGCGACUGAGUGAAGAGGACUCAAAAAACCACAAGCAUUGUAGACGUGUAAGCACCAGACCACUGCUGUGUAAACAACUCGUCAAGCAACAAGAUACACUUUUCUGGCGAUAAAUCCAGGCCAACGUCUCCCAGAUUACACUUGUCGUGGUUGUUUCACUACAGUUUACAAUAAAAAAAAAUAUAUUCUGUUCUGGACGUGCUCUUUAUAUAGCCAUAAACUGAAGUAUAGUAUAAAACAUGCACAAACAGGUUUGAAGCGUUAUAUUUUCCUAGUUAUAGAAACUGGUGAUAGUGUGGGGGAAGUGAAGGAGUGAGGGUGGUCUGUGGGUGAUGGGUGUGGCGAAGCGUGUCGCCCUCCGCCUGUACACCGCCUGGCAGAGGCGGCAGCAGGUGGCCGCCCUGCCGCCCAUCCUCGUCCAAGCUGCUGUGUCCAGCGGGUGGCGUCAACGCCGUCCAUACCCACCUAAGUCUCGUCUCUGUCUCAUCGGUGUGACUCUGCUAGUGGUGCUUCUGUUGCCGUGGGCGUCGCUGGUAUCGGUGCAGCUGACCGCCCACCUGUUGGCAGGGGUGGGCUUGGUGGCCGCCCUCACAGCGUCCGUCCUGGGAUUAUUCAAGUGUCUGGCUGAAAUGGACGACCAUAAUAUUCUCGGCGGGGUGAGGGGUGAGGUCAGCGGCAGCAAGUGGCUGGUGUUCAUCCGGCGUGUCCUCCUUAGGGCUAGGUGUCGCUUCCUCUCCUUCGAGUCUCUCUAUAUGAAGAGGAAGAAUUUCUCCAUUUUGGUCAACCAACUGGUGUUCUUCAGCAUAUGUGAACGACUCUUGUUGACGAAUCAACGACUAUCCAGCCUGUACACCCUCAUGUUCUUCAAUGUGGCGGCUUAUUGCGUGUCGUAUAUAAAAGAACUGGUGGAGCGCGAGGAUUGGUCUAUGUACAUAAACAUCGCCAGGAACUCCAACGUACGCCACCUGGCCCUCUCUACCACCAAGAUCGUCCUCGAGUGGACCAAGGCCAUCACCUUCAUCAUCACUGUCGUCUUCAUGCUCCUCGUGUUCGGGCUGGAGAAGGGUCUCAAGAACUACUCCCCAACCAACGGGUACCUCACCAUCACCGGCAUCUACUUCAUCUCUACAGAGAAAGUGUUUGUGGACAUGUUUACCCUGUGGUUAGAUAACAGGAAGUUUGAUUGCUUUGAAAGCAUGGAGAACUUUUACUGCCCAGCGAUUCUCAUAUCGUUCCAGAUCUUAUUAUCGUCUUUUAUCACCUUUCUCUGUAUUUUCACGGGCAAUUUAAGACUGGCUAUCCUCUGCAGCUUCACAAAUAUUCGUGUAAAAUAUCGGGAACUUAGUGAUGGAUAUAUACAGCCAUUACAGAAUGAGUUAGAAGCUCUGGCAGGGUACAGGGUUGCUACACGCUCUGAGGUGAAGGAUCAUGACGACGUAUGCGCCAUCUGUCUUACGCCCAUGACCUGCGCGCGCAUCACACCUUGCCAACACUUCUUCCACGCAGACUGCUUACGUCGCUGUCUCAAAGAAUCAAAUAAGUGCCCUAUAUGUCAAUAUAAUAUUCUUAUUACUUCCAUAUUGCGUCAUAGUUAACGUAUGCAACAUAGAAAUUCCCAAUUGUUUUUGUAUUUCUAAACUUUAUACUUAAUAUGGCAAUACUGAUCUGUACAGGUUCAGGAAGGAUAUGAUAAUGUAGUUACGAAAAAAGUCCAAUCAGUCCUCUGACCUACUUGUAUGACUCAUGAACCUAUGAAUCCGAGACGUCACACAUUGUUGGGCCCAUGUCUCGGAUUCACAGGCUCAUUAGUCUCAGGGUUCAUGGCGGAGGACUGACAGGACUUUUUCGCUACUCUACAUUUCAAAGAAUGUAUGUUUGUAUGCAUUUUCUUUACCGUUUUCCAAACCGUAUCAGAAGAAUCACACAAUUGAUUCAAAAACAUUGCAUCGUGUGUCAGUUUAUGAUACAGUCGGCCAAAACGGUAUUGGUGUCUGUGCAGAGAGUGAGAGUGGAGCCACAAGCAUUUGGUUACUUUGGUAGCCGUGGUAAGGUGGUUAUAGAAAAAAAAACUCCCAGAGAACACGAAACAGCUAAAAAUAUAUAAACAUCCAUUAUGACACUACAGUAUAU